AAAUAUGCCUUAAUAUUUUCUCACAGCCUCCGCUGGCAGCAGGUUUGCGCGAAAUCACCCUGUAGUACUAAACAAGCUCCGCCCUCCAGAAUCCAGGCGAAUAGUUGCAAGGAUACUUAGGGGUUGAUGAGACUGUGUUAUUUCCAAUUGGACCGGCGAUGCUAUAAAAGACGCAGAAUUCCCAGGAGAUGUUCUCAUUAUACAUUCAAACUUAUUGGACAUCACAAGCGUAGCAAUUGGAAUAUUUUAAAAUAUAAAGUUAUAAAAAUUGUGCGGAAAAACAAAAAAAUGUCGCGCCAUCAAUUACCAGAUUCUUCCUCAUCGCCCCCCAUAAGCCAUAUAGCCUACCAUAACUUUGACGAUGAUCUAAUUACUGAGCUGCCCUCCUGCAUCUAUGCGGGUCAACAUCAGAGUGGUGUCGGUGGUGCCGGUGCAUCUGGUGGCAUCACGGCUGGCGGGUCCGGUUUGCGUCUCAGUUCCAAUAACUUACGGCACAUUCAACAGCAUUAUUUACAGCAGGGCAAUGAAAAUAUGCUGGACUCAUCCACUAAUACCAAUACGCUGAUAGCGCUAAAUUCCAACAACACCACGCCCUUGAUGUGCAAUAGUCCAACUGCUAGCAGCAGCGGCGGCGGCGGCGGCGGCGGUGGAGGUGGUUCAGGUCCUAGCUCGGGACCGGGACCCUCGAGUGCUAGUUAUGGUGCAGCGGCCGCAUCCAGUUACAAAAUCCAACGGCAACAGGCAAAUGUGCGGGAAAGGAAACGCAUCCAGAGGUCCGCACCAACUGGUAGUAUCAAUUCGGCCUUUGAUGAGCUGCGCGUCCACGUGCCCACAUUUCCAUACGAGAAGCGUCUGAGUAAGAUUGAUACCCUUCGCCUGGCCAUUGCCUACAUAUCGCUGCUGCGCGAGGUGCUGCAAACAGACUACGAUCCUCUCACCUAUGUGGAGAAGUGUCUGCGUGGUGAGAUUAAAGCAGAUCGCGCCAAUUGGAAUACAAGCGAUUUGACGGCACGUCUCUCCUGGAUCAAUUGGGAGAAUCUGGGCGUGCAUCCUGGACGUCGCACUCUACUCACAUCCCUGGCAUUGUCCUCGGAACCAAUGUGCGGCGCACACUGUGGCAUGCCAUAAGCCUAUUCGAGAUCAACUCAGUUGCGCUUGGUUAGGGGAAAGAAAUUCUUUGUUUUUGAGUGCCAGCAAGGGAUAUUUUAAAAAUAUUCAAACUGGCUUAGUAGACUAUGAAAUUAUGAAAGUAAUUUCUAGCUUCAAAAUAAUUAAAAACAUAUUUUGUGAAGUUUAACAAGUAAGAAGCUCUAGUCGAGAGCUCCCGACUAGGAGAUACCCUGAACCCUCUUCUACCAACACCAAAUGCAGAUCGCGCUACGCGCUCAUUUGUUUUAGCAGUGUUAAAAAUAAAUGUAAUAAAAAAAUUAGUUCCUUCGAUAGGACCCGACCUCGUAACAGACCACCCUACUUGCCACAGCCCCUACUCAAUCGCCAUACCACCAAUUGACUCUUAGCGAGAAAUUCUUGCGCUUUGCGCUAGCUGCCGCUGAG